UAUAAAAGCAUGAUUGUGUAAUUCGGUAGCGAUUACAGGGGAACAAAGAACACCACCCGGUGGUGUGAUCGAAUGAUUUCUCAUCCGUGUCCAUACAAGGUUCGAAAUCAGUCGAUAAACUGACGUGUGCAUGAUUAUCCCGAGUUAUAUAACAUUCUAGUUCCUGACUUUAUCCUGAUUUAAAAUCACCUUACAGUUUAUUUGUAAUUAUACAGCUUAUUUGGGGAAUUAGAUAACAAAAUGACAAUAAUUUUAAUUGCAUAAGGCUUUGCUGGCCGGCUUUCCUGGCAUAGUUUGAACGCCAUAUUGAUUUAAAAGCAGCAAUAUUCUGAACCAUGAGCCACCAAAGAAGACUCCAGGCAUUUGCUGGUCAUUUGAAAACAUCUCCAGAACAACAAAUCUGUGCCAACAAGGAUAGAAAAUCAGAAUCGAAAGAAUUUCCAGGAAGACACGGUGAGCUUAAAUGGAAUGGUUGGGGUUAUAAUGAUUCUAAAUUCCAACUUGACAAGGAUGGGAAAGCUUCGUUUACUGGCUCAAGAUACCUUCUAAGUGGGCAGACAUUCCCAAAGUUGGUGGACUGGUUUCUAAAGGAGUGCUCUGCUGACCUGAACAAGAAAUCACCAGCCAACCCGCUACCAGAACCUGCAACACUGCCGCAGCCUAUCAGCAACGAGGAUUUCCUUAAAGCAAUAAGUCAGAUUAAUGUUCAGUUCACACAGGAUGCUCACCAGAGAUUAUUCCAUUGCCAUGGCCACACUGGACACGAAAUUUUCAUACUGCGGCAUGGCAAGCCUGGGAGGAUCCCGGACGUUGUGGUAUGGCCCCAUUGUCAUGAUGAGGUGGAGUCCAUAGUGAAGGCGGCCGUGCAGUGUAAUGUGUGUGUUAUACCAUUUGGGGGCGGGACCAGUGUGUCGACGGCCCUAGAAUGUCCAGCAGAUGAGACAAGAAUGAUUGUGUCGCUUGAUAUGACUCAGAUGAAUAGAAUCCUGUGGAUUGAUGAAGGCAAUCUUGUAGCUCAUAUUGAGGCUGGGAUCAUUGGUGAAGAGCUAGAAAAACAGCUUCAACAGAAAGGCUUGUGUGUUGGUCAUGAGCCGGACUCUCUAGAAUUCAGCUCUCUUGGUGGAUGGGUGGCAACCCGUGCCUCUGGUAUGAAAAAGAAUGUCUACGGUAACAUAGAGGAUAUCAUUGUUCGUAUUCGGAUGGUUACACCACAGGGGACAGUGGAAAAGAGUUGCCAGGUGCCCCGCAUGUCUACUGGCCCUGACCUCCACCACUUCAUCAUGGGGUCUGAGGGCACCCUGGGCGUCAUCACAGAAGUAACCCUACGAAUCCGGCCCGUCCCGGAAAUCCGAGUCUACGGUUCAGUAGUUUUCCCCGAUUUCGAGAAAGGCGUGGCGUGUAUGCGUGCUGUUGCGCAUGCGCGUUGCGCCCCUGCCUCCGUGCGCCUGAUGGACAAUGAGCAGUUCCGGUUUGGUCAGGCGCUGAAGGGAGACGAAGGGUCAUUGUUCAAGUCAAUGGUGGACGGACUCAAGGCUAUCUACUUGACUAAAUUUAAAGGCUACGAUCCCGCCUGUCUAUGUGUCGCGACACUUCUCUUUGAGGGCACCCCAAGCGAAGUUGCGAUCCAGCAGAAGAGAAUCUACGAGCUCGCGGCGAAGUUUAAUGGCAUCCCGGCCGGCGAGGAAAAUGGGAAACGUGGCUAUAUGUUGACUUUUGUUAUCGCUUAUUUACGUGAUUUCGGUUUCGAGUACUACUUCCUUGCUGAAUCGUUCGAGACUUCCGUUCCCUGGGACCGCGUUUUGAGUUUGUGUAUCAACGUGAAAGAGUGUAUCAACCGGAAGUGCGCGGAGCUAGGAGUGCGUUACCCACCGCUGGCCACAUGCCGUGUCACGCAAACCUACGACGCGGGCGCAUGCGUGUACUUCUACUUCGGGUUCAAUUACUACGGAUUGGCCGAUCCGCUACACGUGUAUGACGCCAUCGAAAGCGCGGCACGUGACGAGAUUUUAGCCAAUGGCGGCAGCCUUUCGCAUCACCAUGGUGUCGGAAAGCUUAGGAAAAAAUGGCUGCCGAAGACGGUGUCGAAUGUCGGUAUGGAGAUGCUGAAGGCGGUCAAGAGAGCCAUCGACCCGAAGAAUAUCUUUGGCAACGGGAAUCUGUAUUAAUUUUGAACCUUGAGCGAAUAGAAAAGACGUGUUGUUGUCGUUACCUCAAGAGACGUCAGUCCUAAUAUCAGCGCCUAAUCUCCAUUUUAUAUGUCAACACAUUGCAUCAACCAUGCAAUGGUUUCCAAGUUACACUUUUACCCAUACCAUCCAACGCAUUGCAUCAUCUCACCAGGGCCAGAGUUGAGGUGUCGUGCUCUUGCCAGCCGCAGGAGACAAAAGAAUAUAUUAGAAUCCGCGCAAUUUAACAGGCCAUCCGCCUUACAUUAUGUAUAAUGGUUAUCUCACAGACUGUUUCAAAACAAACUUGCUCUUGUGAGCCCAGACAUGUGUGCGUAUGAACGAGAUGCACACACACACACACAAAGUCAAAUAUAGAUUCAUCUUGACAGAUUCAUCUUUAUAGAUUCAACGUGAACAUAGCAUUUUGCGCAGACUUUUGUCUGUAGCUAACUUUUCCUUGUGCGCAUAGAUCUGGGCGCUCGACGCUCAUCAAACAGACUCAAAGUCAAAGAUAGAAUUCCCCUCGCAAAUAACCUUGAAACGACGGCAAUCGCACCAGUUUACUUCUGGAGGGCCGACGGAAACAUCAACCGACAAGAGACAAAAGAAUCUAAUAAAAUCCUCCAUAUUUAACGGGCCAUCCGAUCUAACCUAUCAGUCACAUCCUUAAAGAAACUUUCAAAAGACACACUGCUAUUACAAUUUUGAAAUAUUUUUCGUUAAAAAUCAUCGGAUAUUGCUACGCAAUCGACCGGAAUUACUGGUGACUAUGCCGCUUGAACUCAUUGCAUUCCACAUCUUUUCCAGUCUAAGCCAGGCGCGUACCCAGGAUUGAUCGAGCUGGGUUUUCUAUCAUAGGAAUCAUGUGGAAAAAGCAUAGUAUUUGAAGAUUCCUUAAUAAGAAAUGACCCACUUUUUGGCCGCCAAGGGGGGCGCGUACUGACUGCAUUUGAUAACGAUUCGAGGUGACCUUAUCCUCACCCAAAACCCUUCCUUACAUAUAUCGCCAAAGUAUCAUAACUUAGCCUUUGCCUCAACUCAUAUUUCACGUCCAGUUCUUAGAAAACAGGUUUAUCCCUGAAUUAGCGCUAACCUGCUUUCUAGGAAGCAGCCCCAGAUUAACAAAUGUAGCUUAUAAUUCUCUCAUGGACAAUGGGCUUUUCUAGUUUAAAUGAAAUAUGAAACUCUGGCCCAAAAGAAAAAGAUAUAAAUGGAGAGGAAGAUAGCUAGAAUGAUUCCAAUGAUGAACCAGUGAUGAUGAUGAACCAACGAUGAACGAUUAUGAACUUGAAUAAUGUAAACGAGGUAAAUCUCCAGAUAACAGACAAAUCCCAUUGUGGACAAUGUUCUUUUUUAGUACAAUAGAAUAUCAAACUUGGCCCUAGACAAAUUAUAAAUUUAUACAGAAAAUUGAUGGCCUCAAGGCUGCUAAUAAUACACGUGCGUGUAUUUUUGUAUUAUUAGCUUGAAGAACAUUACGAGUUGUAGUUCAGGAAAACUGGUAGAUUGACAUUGUAGAUGGACAUCAUAUUACUAACUGUGUGCCAUAAAUUAGGGGAUACGAUUCGGAAAAUGGAAAUUUUUUUAAACGAUUUUGAAAUUUGAAAAUGUUCGAAAUACAUGUGAUAACACA